CGGCCCCGUCAGCGGCGGCGGCGGCGGGGCCGUGGCGGUUCUGAGGUGGGGCGGAGCCGCUCGCGCUGAGUGGACCCUGCCGGCGCCAUGAAGCUGUACAGCCUGAGCGUCCUGUACAAAAGCGAGCCCAAGGCGGUGCUGCUCAAGGCCGCCUACGACGUGUCUUCCUUCAGCUUCUUCCAGAGGUCCAGCGUUCAGGAAUUCAUGACCUUCACGAGUCAACUGAUCGUGGAGCGCUCGGCGAAAGGCAGCAGAGCUUCUGUCAAAGAACAAGAGUAUCUGUGCCACGUCUAUGUCCGGAAUGAUAGUCUUGCAGGUGUGGUCAUUGCGGACAGUGAAUACCCAUCCCGAGUGGCCUUUACCUUACUGGAGAAGGUACUAGAAGAAUUCUCCAAACAGGUUGACAGGAUAGACUGGCCAGUAGGAUCCCCAGCUACAAUUCAGUACACAGCUUUGGAUGGUUACCUUAGUAGAUACCAGAACCCCCGAGAUGCUGAUCCCAUGAGUAAAGUGCAAGCUGAACUAGAUGAGACCAAAAUCAUUCUGCACAACACCAUGGAGUCUUUGUUAGAGCGAGGUGAGAAGCUCGAUGACUUGGUGUCCAAAUCAGAAGUACUGGGAACCCAGUCGAAAGCCUUCUAUAAAACUGCCCGAAAACAAAAUUCAUGCUGUGCAGUCAUGUGACGCAGCCCAUAGAGGCCGGCGCUGGAUCGUCACGUCACAUCAGAACUGCAGCCCCUGGAGGAGAAAAGACGCCCUAGAAGAGGACCUGUUGCCAGGCAGACUGGCCAUUUUUAUUUUGAAGUUCCCAAGAGGGAUGGAUGAAGGGUGGGGAGUGUGGUUGUGAUUUCUGGAACAAAUUUGAAGCCCUCGAAGGUGUAUUGUUGGGAAAAUGAAACCAUAAACUCUGAGUGGCUCCUGUAGGUGCUGGAGGGCUCAUUCUCAGCUAACCCUAGAAAGCUCCGCAGGAGGGAAUUCAGAGCCUGUUCUUUCUUGAUCCUUGGUGUCUUUGGAUUUCAUUUGUGCAUUAAUGAUAUUAACUUCCAGUGAGUGGGUGGGGGGAGGCGUCCCAGGUGAUAGGGCUCGGGUAGGCAGAGUUUGAACAUUUGGGAAUACCUUUUCCUUGUACUGUAGGGUUGGGGGAAGCUUACCAUGGUUGUCAGAGCCAGGCCUGUGAAUGGCAGUGGUCACUGGGAUUCACAAAGUUUGAACCUGUCGAGCUUGCCUGUUUGCAAGGAUUGGCGUGUGCCAAGGGUAGGAGCCAUUCUAAGCACUUCCACCUAGUGACACAAAGGUGGCCUGUGGGAACUUGGAAUGAGCUGAGGUGGGUGGAUGAAUGGGUUGUAGCUUGACCAGGUUCAGCCCAGGAAAGGGAGCUGUCCUCCAAGUAGUGGAAUGGUCAGCUGGAGUGUCGUCUUCGGAAGAACAGCAGACAUGCCCAGUGUGGAAGCACACCCACUGUGACUUGCAGUUGGACUUUGAACACUGAGAUCAAAUUAGUGGGUGCUAUUAUAUCUCAAAGCUGAUUUUUAUUUGUCUCUCUUGACUGCAAGACUUUCUUGACAACCACCAUGAGCCUGCAUGUCUGAAAAGUCAUUCUUUUGGGCACCAGGAGAGGUUGUAACAUCCUGAAGACUUGCAGCCCUCACCUGUGAUGUGUCUUUCCAGCACUGGACCACAAAGCCCCUUCCUGGUCAGAGACAGCUGUAGGUUGGUUGAGGCUAAGGGAUUAGUCUAAGCAGAUGCCAGAACAGCCUAGGGGUGAGCCCAAUAUACAUACACUAGGUCCCAAAUCGCCUCUUCGUGUCUUUCUGUGCUCAAAGUGCACUCAUAAGGUCCUGUCCCUCUAGAAGCCCCUGUUGGAAUGGUGUCAUCUACCAGUUUUGAGCCAGAAUUGAAUCAUCCUGAUGAUCCCUGCUCUGAGCUUGCUGUACUCCCCUGAGAACUUCAGAGUGGGCAGGAUGGGGGCUGUCAUGAGUUCUGAGAUCCCACCUCCUGGUUGGUAUAUCUGCCAUUACCCUAUUUCUCUGGGCACUGCCAGCCAAAGUGCUCUUGCCUCCCUCUGUGUCAUUUUCCUACUGUCACAUUCACCCUCACCCCAGGCCAUGGAAGGCACAGAUAGCCUGUUUGCUGGUAGGUGAGAUAGAGUAGUGUGGACCUGGGAUGGUGCCUCUGCCUGCUCUGGAGGAUGUGGGGAAGAAUAGAGAAGGAGAAAGAAGUGUAAGUUUGUGGGAAGGAGGGGACCUUCACCUACAUGUGGAUGCCCCACAUGGGCAGGAGUAGGUGGGUCUGACUUGGGCCUGUGAUGGACCAAUGGUUUGCCCUUCAUGUCCUCGCUCCCUGUUGUAUUCUAAUAUUAAAUCAUUUGGCAAGAGUGUAUUUUAAUAACUGCACCUAACUUCUCUAUGUUCUGUUUGAGAGACUCCUAUAUGGAUAAAGCUGUCUUUUGAAAUUUUA